AUGGCAUCAGAUAUGAUUAGAAUUAGCGAUUUUAAAAGGGCCGUUAAUGAAUAUUUUAUAUUAACAAGAGAAGAUUCUUCCAAAAAAUAUUUAUGGGACUAUUCAUAUUUACUAUUAAAUUCAAUUGAAAGAGAUAAUGAAUUAUUGAAAGAUAGUUUAUCAGAAAGGCACUACAGAGAAUCCUUUUUUACUACAAUGAUGUCUAGUUUAUUUCAUGAUUAUACUCAAGAUAUGGCAACAUUUUAG